AGUGUCCUAAAAACUAGUUGUUUCCCAACCCCUCCCAAGGCUUGCCACCCACAUCCUCUAAAAACAUGCUGUGAAACCACUGUGGUUCUGCAGUUGGAAAUGCAAAAAAGGACACAUAUAAUUAAACAACAUAGUGCAUACCACCCGUCUAAGGACUGGGUAUAUCAUCAUCAUCGUCAUCAAUGCCAAACUGCUUUGCCUAGCAUAAGUACCAGAAUGUAGGGAAUGUUAAUGCCAAACUGCUUUGCCUAGCAUAAGUACCAGAAUGUAGGGAAUGUUAAUGCCAAACUGCUUUGCCUAGCAUAAGUACCAGAAUGUAGGGAAUGUUAUCGUUUGUUCCAGGCGGUUAAUUAUUUAGCCUGGCGCGGCGGCAUAGAAUCAAAAAUGUUGAUAAUUGCCCUCGGUAGUUUGCUCGCAGCUAUCUUAGCGAUAGUACCAGGUGGAAUCGAUGCGACAACGAGUGUCACCUUACCUCAUGAGGUGUCGGGAACGCUGCCGGUUUGUUCCGUAGGCAGCGAAAUCAUCAAUCCGCAGACGCGAGCAUGCUUCUCGUGUCCUGCAGGCCAGCAGGCGAAUGCUGCACAAACGGGAUGCGUUUGCUCGAGGAGUUCAGGUAUCAGAAGAUCUGGUAGGCAUAAGAAGAUCUGAUACAACGACCAUCCUGCUUCCGAAUGAACAAAACUUGAGCCCUAAAAUGACUCUUUCAAUUCAUUGCAUCCGCUAGCAUCUAAGUCUAACCUCAGGUGGCGGCAUCCCACAAAUAUCAUGUGCUGCGGGAGUACCAUGUUACGAGUACGGACCAGCAACGGUAACAGCUCUACUACGAACUACCGGUCUAGAGUGUAAAGUUUGCCCAUGCUUUUCACGCAGCGGGGCCCUUGGCAACUUGACCUACGUUGCUCAAGUUUCAGGAACGACAUGUUCGGGUAUUAGUAGUGUGAUUAGGACAUCAAUGUUGUAGUUCUAGUUUCAUGUACUAGUUCCUCGUUGAUGAAUGAGUUUCAAUUAGUGAUCGUUUCAAUUAGUGAUCUGAUGUUGUCCUCCUUGUUUGCGCAAAGUGAUCUAUUGUCCUCCCUCUUCAAUUACAGCGCGCGGCCUAGAACAGACAGUACCAAGUGAAGAUGGAACCGUCUGCCUACCGUGUCCGAGCGGGACUGCGCCUACCACGGCAGGGGCAUCCACAUGCAAUUGUCCGGCGACUAGUGCGCAACUUGAGAAAAACGAGGAUGGAACUUGGCUUGCAGAGAAAAAGUGCGUGGUACGAGGACGAGGACUUCGUCUUGAUGUGUAACGAGUCCGAAUUUUUGAAGUAUCCAAGCGAGGACGAGGACUUCUAACCGUUGUUGACACUGCUGGUGCGUUUCGUCGAAAAAACAAAGUCAAAAAAAAUAUUAUCAAAAAUCUUAAAACUUCAUACAGGUUGUUUCAAUUUCCUGAUCACCCCGAAACACCUCAGGCCUGCGACGCAAGCCUCAAUUUCGCUAGUGCCACUGUUCGAAACCAGUGUGCUGCGAGUGCGGUGUGUCCAGCAGGGCUGACACAACUAGGCGAUAUUUGCUACCAUCCGACAAAUGAAUGGAAUUCGAUGACAAAUACUGGAGGAAGUACUCACACUCCUCAACUACCUUUUUCUUUCUUAGAAGAAAUCAAUCUACUCAUACGUGCUCACUACUAUCUCCUACAUCUUCCUCUUCUUCAGGAUCACUACAGUCUGCUUAGAACUCGAUCUGAUUCCAUCAUAUCCACAACUCAAACUACAACAGCCGCCCUCUCCUCUUUCUCGGUGCAGAGCGCGAAAAGUGUGAAGUUUUCUGCAAUAGUUUCGUCACUCACUUCUCUGGAUGAUUCAAGCUGGAUUGCCAAUGCUAUAGGGAGUCACGUCGGAAUCGAGAAGUCGGAGCAGCUGAAGGACGUGCUGUCUUCCGGUCUCUCAGGCGAAAUCACAAUGGACAGUGCGACCGUGUUGUCGUUGUAUCAUUAUGGUGUCAAACGAGGGGUUUACCAGAAGUUGCAAAAGAUAACAACAUAGUUGAAGAAGGGCUUCAUCUUCAUCAAGCCUUCAUACUAGAGCACCGAUCUACCUACAACAAGAGUAGUCCCUCUCCCUGUCGUGAUUUGUAAACGCUUUUUUUACAAUCACAUGAUCGUGUUUUUUUUACCGCAUGAGGAUAACACCCUCUUCAUAUCACGAUCGCGUGCCACUCAGUUCCUCGUUUUCCCCUCUAACCUUCAUCCUGUGCCAUCCGUUGCGUUCGCGGCACAUCCUACGAUGGAUGCGAGUGCCUGAGUAAUUUGUGUGUCCUGCAGCUUUACGACAGCGCAAGUACAGUUUGCAGUUUGCUCGAAAACUUUUUCUAUGCAGACACGACCAAAUAUCCAAUACUCGAAGCCGCCAAGCCAGGUGCCUCUGCAGGUCUACCAUGGAUAAGCUACCGUGGCGCGGAGCCUCCUACAGCUGGUGGAAAAAAACUGCUAUCUGGGAGGUGAGAAUUCUUGAUCAGUUUUUUUGUUGGAGAUGCCGUGCUGUUCUAGUACUAGUUCUUUAACAAAGGCGACUGGCGACAUGAUCUGCAAGAAGUUCCUUUCUGUCAGUUGAGCAUGGCCGUUGCUCAAAAUAACACCAAAAAUCGUGAACAACAACAGCGCUGUUUCUCUCAUGCUCGCAAAGUACUCCCUUAAUGGACAUUACCUUGGACAAGAGCCCGUCACGAACCAAUUACAACUGUGCGAGCGUUUCGGAGGUCUUGCGCCAGGAUUUGAGAGCGACUCUCGAGAACAUCUUUGGACAAAAAUGUCCAACACCAUCGUCCAGAGCUGUCAUGUGCCGCUCAGCACGUUUCUCAACGCUGGAUCGUGUCAACAUCCAGUGCUUUACGACCUGUUUAUAGUGGAUGGGAGUGGAACCCAAGUGCCAGUACCAGUGCGGAUUUUGAAUACGCAAAGAGGUUCGCAAAGGCCGAAUUUGGUGGCAGCAGACGAAGAAUUCUACGUUAGUGGGAAAGGAGGAUAUAUGGUACAAGAAAAACUAUGUAGCAGGUUUUACAACUCAAGGUGCGCAGAUCCAGCAAUACUAUAAUUUCCGUACUGUCAUAAUUAUCUAUCCAUCGUAUUCGCCAGAAAUUCACUCAAUUUAAGUCAACAACAAAACUACAACAGGUCCGCCGCUUCUUUCUUUGUGACGCCGCCAUCGGGAAAACGGUGGCCGACGCAGAUCCAGCAUACCUUAGGUGGGCAUCGCAGCUAUACCUCGAGUUAAGGGCGUCAGACGGAAAGUUACAAGUUCCGGUUUUGAAUGUGAUGUAUCUGGAAGCCAAAGUAGUCGCACGAGGAUCCGCACAACCGUCGUUGCCAUGCAUAUUCAAAGCGGAGUACUUACUCAAAAUUGGAGUUGGACAACUCACUGAUUCUGAUUUUCUUCUUGACGACGCUUUUUAUAGAUAAAGGUGCCUUAUCAAAUCCCCAAAUACACCACGACAGGUAUUCCGAAGACACUUCCAGUUUCUGGUCAACCGUUCUCGUUUUUCUAAUCCUGUUCCUCGUCCUCCUCCUCGGUCUCAUUUACCGGAGCUAUUCCGCUAUAGACCUCCGUUACCCAUGGGAACCUGGUCUCACUGCUGAUCCUGGGAUAUUUGUACCGAGAAGCGGUUUGGUCUUCCUAGCAGCGCUGAAAACAUCAUUUGCAGUGCUUUUUUGGUUCCAUUUCGUCAUGGUCUUUUACUGGGUCAUAUCGAGCGACUCAAUAUUACCUGGUUCUCUCGAUGGCGACCAGUACAGCCACCACGAUAUCUUUUUGGUGCUGCUUUUGUUAUGAAAAACGGUGUUGCAGCUAAUGUGUGGUUUCCGUAUCUAGAAGUAACUAAUCGUUGUAAAGGAUUGAUGAGCCAACAAACUUUGGACAGACUUGUUGUUUUUCUUCUUACAAAUCAGAAUCUCUAUCGCCGACAAACCAAAACCUUCUAACUCCCGUUCUCUCCUCUGUGGUGAUGCUUCUUUUUCUGUACAAGCAGUCAAGUUGUUUCAUCUUCUUGCUAGACAGAGAACCGAAACCACUUGAGAGCAAAGCAGGUGGAUCCGGAGGUGCCUCAGGAUCGGGAAGUCAUUAUGGCCUAGGAGGUCUACUCUGAAUCUAGAUACACUGCUAGAACUCUCUCUUGUGAUACUCCACACUCUGAGUCUACUUCUAAGCCCCAGACACCCGCCAGCAGGACAAUGGCAACUCACCUACAGCGGGAGGCACAAGGGAAAAGGCACCAGAUAAGGGCAUUUCCAUUUGGAGGUCGUUGUUUGUUGGAAACGAACUGUCAGAAAGGAUCAAUGCGACGCGAACGAGCGGCUACGCAACGUGGAUUCUGAUGAUCCUGUUUCUAGAGGGGUUUAACUGGUAUGGCAAGAAUGGCAUUGUAAUCGUAUAACCAAUUUUUAGAGCACCACUUCUAGCGAAUGUGAUAGAUUGGGCCUAUUUUUGCUAUUUCUCCAUCUCCCCUACCCCACGCCCUAACUCCUGAAAGAGAGCCCUCUCACACGCCCUAACUCCUGAAGGAGAGCCCUCCCACACGCCCUAACUCCUGAAAGAGAGCUGUCGUUGGAGCGGGAAUGAGCAGUCGCCCUUCAACCCCUUCCUGAUGUACGGCGUGCCCGCAGGCGUCUGGAUUUUAGUGCUGACGAUUCAACUUGUGGGGAGACAGAUAGUCGCAGUCCGUGAGGGCUUGGACCUGAUAAACUUCGUGGACAUAUGUUCUCUGGCAAACGUGUCCGUCUUCAUCAUGGACGAACCGCAUCAUGGAUACUACAUACAUGGUAUUCUAUUCAUCUUCGUACCAACUUGUUCACUUCGCUUGAAGAUAGAUACCCAUUCGGCAGUACUUCACGUUGAUUACGUUAUUGAGUACUUGUUGUAUGCUGUUUACCUGUUAUUUUUGAAGUAAGAAAUUCUAAUUGCCCAUGUAAAAACAUGAGGAACUACUUUCACAUCCACCCACCUCAAUCAUGCAUGUCCUCACAGGUCGUUGUCCCGGCGGCAAGGGCGACACUAGCGCGACCGAGAUGUUCUUCACCUUAGACGAGGAGGAAAAGGGCCUGCUGCCAAAGCGUGGCCUCACACCGGAACAUCCAACAAGGGGUGAACUUCAGACCUACGAAGUUUUCACUGGAAAUGCGUUCAAAUUAAGGCUAUCGCUGUAGAGCCUGUCCUGCUCAACACCUGAGAUACUCUUCAUACUAGAGGUUAGAGAUUCAUCUAGUAUGAAGAAGUGGCCUGAGAUACUUGCAUAGUGUUCCUUCGAUCUUCUUUUUCUACCUGAAAAAGAAGCCCCGUUCAAGGAUACUAUUACUCUCAAAGAGGAAGACGCAAUCGCGAAUGUUGCGGUAGCUCUAAUCAAAGAGCAGUUGUUUCAAAUCUAUCGCUCUAUCAUGGCAGAGCGGGGUGUUCCUGGAAUCUUUCAUUCCUUCCAACAUAAUGGGCCAGGACACCAUGGCUUUCAACAACAUCAAUUUGGACCGCAUGGCGGAGGCAUGAUGCACAUGAUGCAUAUGGACCAGCAUGGGGGAGGGAUGAUGCACGGUAUGCAUUUACCGGGUGGAGGUGGACAUGGGAUGAUGCAUGGAAAUUUUGUUAAGCGGGCACAUUAGUACAGACUUCGAAUAAUGCUUAAUACAGUCCUCUCUACAUAGUCAAACUCUCUCGCUCUCCGAGACAGAAUAUAAGUCGUGUGAUUUUUAUACUAACCUCUAAUUCCAGCGGUGGCAAUCCCGGUGGUGGAGGCCUAAUGAAUCGCGACUCAACAGCGUCAAGUGCAAUGACACCACGAGGCAUGGGUCGAAGUUCUAUGGCCGACCAGCCAUUCGGAGGAUCACAGCAACUGGGUAUGAGCGGCGGCCCAUUAGGCGGUAGUGGUGGUCCACUAGGCGCAUCGGGGGGCCCACUAGGUUCCUCCGGCGGCCCAGGCGGUGGCAUUCUUGGUCAGAGUUUACCUUCUGCCGGUUUUCAGAGUACUCUGGGAGGAGGUGGCGGGGGUGGCUUCAACAACACGGGAACUAGCAUAGGAGGCCUAGGAGGAGGAGGAGGCUUCAACAACACUGGGCCUUCGAUGCAAGGCUCAAUGCAACAACAGCCAAGCGGACUGAAUAGUGGUGGAUUUGGAGGAGGGCCUCAGAGUGGUGGUUUCUUUAGUGGGGCAGCAGGCAUGGAUGGGAUGCAUCGGAGCGAACCUGUAACUUCUCCUAGAGGAGAUGCACAGGAAUCCUGUGCAUCUCCUCUAGGAACCCACUUCUCCGGUACCAGUUCUUCUUCAAGUACCUCGAGUAGGUGUGCUAGAGCUACGCAGGGGAUGAAAAUUGAGACAAUGAGACGUACUUCUAGAACAAGCAUGGAAGUAGAUCUUGUUCGUGACGACCACGACGCACCAGCAGGAGCAGCACACGAAGAUGUGAACGUAAUCUUCUCACCCCCUCUGAGCACAUCGUCCUCAUCUUCUAGUUUAUCGCCCGAGAAAAACGCAAACGGCUCCUGCGUGGGCAUUGACAGUCUUACCUCUAGUGGGCCAAAUGAAGAAUUUGGUGGUAGUUCCGGGAGUCGAUGUACCUCAAGGAUACCGACAAGUUGUAGAUCUGGUGGUGACUACUUCCGAAAUCAUCAAGAAGACUUCGCUGGCUCGAGAUCAAGAGCGAGCUCUGCCUCUCCCACUACUCGCAUCAUAGCACAGCGACAUCAAGACGAUGAACUACAACUACGUCAUUCGGAAGAUUCCCGAUGUUCCUCGUCGAAACGAAGGCGUAGAGGGAGUACUACGAGCCCUAUUAACAUUUCUAUCCAGACGAGUAUCUGUACGUCCGGCCAAAACUCUUCGUCAAGAAGAGCACGAUCCUCACGACGACCAUCAUCUAGGUCAAGAAGUACUAGUAGCAGAGGAGUUGUGAAAUGGAAAGAUGGACCUGAUUUGUUCUUUGCCGAAGGAAGCCACGCCAUGUAUCCAACGGCGUCUGGUGGGAGUGCCAGGAAUUCGUUUGGAGGCGGAGGAACCUUUAGAAACUCGGGAUUUGGUUAUGAACAUGGAUGUGACUUAUGCUUAUCAUACUUAAAUACAAGUCUCAGGAGUUUUGAUAAUGGCUAUAGGUAGCGACGUCGGUACUUACACAUUUAUUUCUUCGAUGCGUUAUAUAUAAGUACCUCCAUGAUCUGACCGUGAAGUACAUGCACAUUUUCUUCGAUAGGCAGAUAUCGCUAGCAGGGUUUUUUCUAAUCUCUUGGCGGCGGUGAUAGCGGCAAUUUCGGUGGAGGCCUAAACAACUCAGGAAUAGGAGGUGGUGGUGGCGGCUUCGGCGGCGGAGGACUAGGCGGCGGCUUAGGCGGUGCUAGCCUAGGCUCUUCCGGAGGUCUACCGACGACCUCAAGUUCUCUAGCUCCAUUCGGAGGCGGUCCUCAGAUGGGAGGAGGCCCAGGAGGUUUCAACAUGGGAGGUGGCAGCAUGGGAGGUCAGCACGCUAUCGGAAUGAACGCAGAUAGUUCAGUGAAGAAACUAGCGCAACUCCGAAUUCAAAUGCAGGAAUUCCUACUUCAAACGAUUGAAGGCGUUGUGAGGGAACAAAACAUGUGCAUUAAGGAGGAGCUGGGAUACUGCGGAGCAACGCCGGAUAUUUCUUUAUGUUGACUUGAAGAAAAUCUUCGUUGUCUAGGUGUAGGUCUACAUGAUCUGCUUCGAGAGGAAUCUAUCAUUUCAGGCACAAUCCGAACCUCCAGCAAAUCUUUUAUUUUACCUCUAGUUACACAAUACACCUUGUUCCACCUCUCUCUGUCUUGUCUAUUUCUGUCUCCCUCUCCCUCUCCCCUAUCUUUCCCCUUUCAUUCUCCAUUCCGAAUUUCCCGGUUACGCUUUAUGAAGACCAUUCCCAAGUCGGGUGGACCAGUGCGCUAGCUUACGGUUCCGAGUUCUUUGGCGUGCCUACGGGCUUCGAAUUCCAGGUGCUGAGCUUAGAAUUCUUGAUCUUUGCAGUUUGCUUCCGAUUCUCCGAAAACCUAUGGUUGGGCAUAUUCUUGGCGUUCUUAGUAGGACAACUGGUGCUGCAUUUUCGAGCGACGUUAGGGGAGAAUCGGUUGGCGGAAACAGCAAUGAUCGAUACCAGGUUCUUAUUGUAGGGAGAUUGUGCCGAUCCGCAGGUGGUAUGAAGUGCUGGCGGAUAGAAUAUAAGGGCUAAAAUGUAGGAACGAAUGCGAUUCCGAUUUGUUACAUGUUUGAGAACCCGAUAAAUAACCUCAUUGAGCUAAGAAAAUUUGUACAUUAAAUUUGGAAUUGAACAGGAUCUUCAGGUAGAAAGAAACGGUAGCUUUUUUUGAGAAUCGAUAGCCUGACUCUUACGCUCGUAAAUUUGUAUUUGUUCUUGUCUUUUUUGUUAAAAUGCAAAAGGUUUCUAGUCGUUGUCGCUCUGGUGAGUGCACGUAAGUUGGAAGCAAUCAAUAUCAAUCACAGCAACCAAGGGAAAAGCAAAUGCGCAGAUUCAAUACUAAAAAUACGGAUCACAUCGUCUGAAAAUUGUGGAUUUUUGUUUACUUCUUGUUCGAUUAACGUUAACCUUCUUGUUCAAAGAAAUUGGUUCUAGCGUGCAACUGAUGCAUCGCUCUGUCUAGUAAGCAGGCUCUAUGUUAGCUCUUCUAUGGUCGUGACGUUGUUGUCCGCGUCCGUCUCUUCGUAGUCGGACCAAUGCCUAACCGGUAACUAGAAGAAAAGGUGAAUAAUUUGCAAAUGAAGAAUACAAAAGCUUCAAAAUUUUGGGAAUGAAGCGUUCGCGACAUGAGGAACAACAAACUAAAACAAUUUAAAAUGGUGUUGACAUUAUGCUUGCGGAAGUGGUUUUUUUUAGAGCAUCAAUUUGCUUCUCGUUGCAAAAGUAGACCAGGGAUGUGACCGCUUCUAAGCAGGAGACGAGUCCUUGUAUGAGGAAGAGCCGGCUAUGAUGCAUGUAGUGAGGAAGAGCCGCAAGUAGUGUGUAUAGCCGGUCAGAGAGUGGGCACAAGAUGUCAUCUCCUCGUGCCACAUCAUCGCUCCCGCACGGAAAGUUAUCAGGAAUUGGCC